AUGAUUCCACCACCUUCAAACCAGUCGUCCUCAUCUUGGGGACUUGAUAACGCCCUUGAUGUGCUACAAUCUCCCACAUUCAAGCAAAGCUCUCAAUCUCUUGGUCAUGAUCACGAAGCGGAUGCUCCUAAUGAGGGGCAAUACUAUCGAUUUUCCCCGCAUCUCGCCAGCCACUACUUUCCAACUGGGGGUCCUCAAAAGGUCGGAGACUUUGAUCUAAGGGCGGCUUUGCCCAACCAGGACAACUUGAGCCUGGACGAGAUAGAGUCAUCACUUCAUGGAAUGCAAAUCGCCGGCAACUUUCCAGGGUCCCCUUCUACGCACAACGACCUUGCUACCAGCCCAGACAAUGCCUCCAACCACCUGAUCGCACAUGGUCCUCACCAGUCACAGCUGUCAAAGCAGCUCAGCGCGGCCGGUCCGUCCAAUCCUUUGCAAAUGCAAGACACCAAGGCAAACACAUUCUCCUUGUCUGAUUUUACCCCGCGGGCCAGUCCUUCGGCAUUCUCGGAUCCUACUUUGAGACCUCGUCCGAUCAGAAGCGAAGAGGCCGGAGUUUCGCUCGACCAAGCCAGUCCCGUGAGACUUGUGGAUCCUCCUUCGAGAUCUCGUCCAAUCCAAAGACAAAAUCCCGGAGUCUCGCUCGAUCAAGCCAUAGGCGAGUACGUCGAUUCCUCCCGAAAACGCACCAACACCAAGGCAAAGAAAGCCAAAGCCAAACCUGUCACGAAGAACGUGGAUGCCCACUUCGACACGCUCCCCAAUGUCCUGGACUUUAGCCCUAGCGCAGACUCUGACACCAGUGCCACUACUGGUCUUUUUGAUUCGCCUGUGACAAAAGAACUCAGUCCCUUGGAGUUUGUACCCUAUCAGGUCGGUGGCAGCGGUGUUGUGCGCAGUGGCCGUUAUGACACACCACCCUCCUCGUACGAUGAAGCAGACUGGGCGGUCCACACGGACGCUGUCCCGAACAUAGUUACCACCUCAGCUGGGGUCAAGGUUCUUCCGGCCCUUUACAAAGGCGCUGAAGAGCGUCGAGUUGGUCUCAUGACAAAGUUGCUUGGAGAUUUUUCCGAUUAUGCUCGAUUGCUUGUACAAGUUGGCCGAUCGCCUACUUUUUGCAACAGCCUUGACGACCCCCGCCCCAUUCAUGUCUUUGUUGACAUGUCCAACAUCAUGGUGGGCUUCCACGAUUCGGUAAAAGCUUCGCGGAAAAUUCCCGUCCCCACUCGCAUCCGUCGUCUUCACAUGUCCUUCGCAAACUUCUCCUUAAUCAUGGAGCGCGGCCGCACUGCGGUUAAGAGAGUCUUGGUUGGCUCUGAUCGACUUCCCGCUAUCACGGAGGCGGAGAAGCUUGGCUAUGAAGCCAACAUUCUAGAUCGUGUACACAAACUCAAGUACACCACCCCCCGAUUCACCAAAAGUCGAAAGACACAUGGGGCCACCACUUCAUUCGCGUCUGGACCUGAAACGGCUGGCGCAGGCAUGGAGCGGUGGGUGGAACAAGGUGUUGACGAAAUUCUGCACCUCAAGAUCCUGGAGAGCAUCGUGGAUACAGAUGAACCAUCCACGAUAGUUCUUGCGACCGGCGAUGCCGCGGUCGCUGAGUACUCUGGUGGAUUCAUGCGAAUGGUGGAACGGGCCCUCCGGCGCGGUUGGAACGUCGAGCUGGUGAGCUUCGCGCAGACGAUGAGCAAUUCUUAUCGUAACAAAGAGUUUCGCGCGAGAUGGGAUCGUCAGUUUCGGAUCAUCGAGCUUGAUCGCUAUGUUGAGGAGCUCUUCGAGUGA